AUGAUGACGUCAUAUUGGGCCCCUGUGGUGCCUGUCCUUGAAGACGACUUGAUACACCAGCUGCUUGUCGAUGGGCCGCCGGCUAUCGUCGCGCUGCUUGUGCCGGGGGUGGCAAUGUACGCGAGUUUGUAUGCUUUGGCGAGGGGGUGGGUAGGAGUGAGUAGGGUGGUGGUUGUGCCGACGCUACUGCUGUUCUGGGCGAGUAUUGUGGUGGCGCCGGUGCGGUGUCUAGCGUUGAGAGGCGUGUUUGACUUCGGAAUUGUCAUCGGGGUCAUGAAGCUGGUCGAAAUACACAUCCUUUGCUGGAAGAAGGCGUUACCGACGUACACCAACGGACGCCCACCACGCCCAUCCAUCAUGGCGCUCCUCCUGCUCACAGAGCUACGCUAUGAAUCAUUCACACCGAACCCCAUCCGCUUGGCGCCAAUCCCCCAGUACCCUUUUCCCUCCUCGCCCAAGAAAAGACAAAUCUUCUACUCCGAACACGUCCAGAUCCUCAUCCACAUCGCCAUAUUCAUCGCUCUGCAAAGCCUCCCCCAGUACGCCCCCGUGAAAGCCUUCGGCGUCCUCCUCAGCAUUUGGAUCAUUUUCACGGGCUGCCAGCUUUUGCUCCGGUACAAGAACAGCCCGCCGCUUUUCGGUCCCAUCUUCCUUGCCGACAGCCUGGCUACGUUCUGGACGGAGACGUGGCAUAAUGCGUUUGCUUCGCCUUGUCUCACGCUGGCGUACAAUCCUACGAUGUGGGUGCUCACUACAGUUGGAGUACCUCGCCGCGUUGCGCGCUCAUUCGCUGUUAUCGCGUCGUUUAGUCUGAUGGCCGUGUUUCACGCUGAGGUCAUGUCGCCGCUUCUUCCUCCGGAGGGCAAGAUGCGAAUCGGGCUUUUCUUCGUGCUCAAUGGAGUGUUUACCGUGAUCGAGGUGGCGGUGUGGGGGAAAAAGAGGGAUUGGCGGCGCGCAUUGAUGGCGUGGAUCAUUGAGCUUGCGCUUGCGAGUUGGGCAGUGCAAACGGCUCAGGUAGCUGAUGGACUGCUGCAUGCCGACUGGAGGGGGUUGUGUCGGCCUAAGAUUUAG